CUUCGUUACCUCUCCGUAGUCUAUGGAAUUAAGCGCUGCUGUAUGGUCAUGUGGAGAGCAUGUGAAGAGACGACAAAGUAUACACGUGUUUCCGAUAUCGGUGUUUUUCGAUCUACUGAUUUAACCAUUAACUCGAGCAAUAUUUAAUUGAUUGAUCUUUAAUUUCAGGACAACAUGUACAGAGUCAGAGACUUUACAGAGGAGCGUUCCAGGACGUUGUACGUCCGUCUUCCGCACACGAUCCGCAACACAAAAGAAGUGCAUGCUCUUUUCGAAGGGGAUGCAAAAGUUAAGCUACCAAGACAGUCGUCAAGAUCGUGUCACGUGAUAUUUCCAACCGUAGAAGAGAAGAUAAAAGCCUUGAAGCAUGUCAAGAAAAAGACAGUAGAUGGUAAACGCGUUAUCGCCUUCAAUCCUAAGACAAAACCAAUGGAAAAUAAACCCAGCAGGAAGAAGAUUAAAGUUCCACAGCCCAAGCCGCCGCUUAUACCCGAAAUAACGCAGACCUUGUUUGUGUCCAACAUAAAUGCUAAGACGAAAGUAGAAGACCUGAAGAUAGCAUUUCCGGGCUGCACAUCUGUUGGUAUGCUGGCAUUGAAUUCAAGUGGUCUCAGGUCUGCGUUCGUUAAAAUGGAUAGCUUAGAGUCUGCUAGGCAAUAUUUGAAAAAGCAGAAGGAUUGGCCACUUGUUCAUGGCAAUACACUAUUCCUCCGUGCUGACAAUAGAGCGUCAAAGACGGGAAAACGGGGGACUAGAGGCAAGAAGCUUAGUAUCCACGACAAAGAUGGCAAACAAAAUGAAAAUAAAUUUGAAAAUCUUGACCAAACGAACAAAAGCAACAAUAAAUUGAAACAGAAUAUCAAGCCUGAACUUAAUUCUGUUUCUGAAUCGGAAUAGGAAUCUAACAAUGAGAUUGAGUCCAAACCUGAUUUCCAGUCUAAAUCGCAUUCUGAGUAUGAGGGUGAGCUUGAAACUAAACCCGAAAAGGAAUAACAACUGCAAAUUGCGUUUCGAUCUCGUUAUAAUAAAUAUUUUCGUCUCCUCUGAAUUAUCCAUUGUUCUCUUUACAAUUUGAAUAGUCUAAUGUUAAUUACGCAUAAGUGAAACAAUUUAAAUAUAUAUUUAUCUUUCGUA